AUGGAUAAUAUCAUAGAGAAUUCUUUAAACUUUUGGUAACAAAGACUUCAUACAACAGUUCAGGAUCAUACAGCAAUCAUAAUUAUUCCGAAAAAAAUAUCAAUUGUAGAUAGAGUAGUGAUAAAAUCAGCAGACUUUUGGAAUAAGAUGGCUAAUCAAUUCUUAGCUAAAAGUUCCACAAAUAGAUCAAUGGAAAGUUUAUCCAACUAAUCAAAUAAACAUUAGAUAUCUGAUUGUUGA